ACUCGUAGAGAAGAGAAAGAAACAAGUUCAUCACAGUAACCAAAAGUAAAAAAAAAAAAAAAAAACACAAUAUCGCUCCCGGUUUACCCCUAUUGCAAGAAGAGCCAAAGAUGAAGCAGUUCUCUCUUGCUUUGUUAGGUCUUUUAUUAAUAACUCUGUUCCUCGGAAACAUCAAAACAACGGAAGGGUCCUUGCGAGAUCCUUUCAGAGUCUUGGAGCAAAUCCCAUUAGGUCUUGAUAGAGAUCAGAGCGUGGCUCUGUCUCCAGCGAGAGUGGACUGGAAAGAAACGAAAGAAGAGAAUGUGAUCAGGCUCGAUGUUCCUGGGAUGAAAAAGGAUGAGAUAAAGAUAGAAGUGGAGGAGAAUAGAGUUGUGCGAAUAAGCGGCGAGAGGAAAAGAGAAGAAGAGAAAGAAGGAGAUCAGUGGCAUAGAGUGGAGAGGUCUUACGGCAAAUUCUGGAGACAGUUUAGAAUGCCUGAUAACGUGGAUUUGGACACUAUAAAGGCCAAGCUUGAGAACGGUGUGCUCACCAUUACCAUAAACAAGCUUGCAACAGACAAAGUCAAGGGUCCAAGAGUUGUUGACAUUGAGUUCGAAGAGGACCAAUCUGGCAAAUUCAGUUCUGCUUAGUCCUAACAAGAGCUCUUGUUAAAUCCAGAACCGAGUUUGAUGUCUUGUAAGACUUUUGUAAUAUAUAUUACUAAAUGCAAUAAAACAUGUAACAGGUCUUUAUAUUA